AUGGCGAUACAUGCAUUCGCAAGCAAUGUGCGGGGCUUAAAAAUGAGGUCUGCCAGCCUGGAUCAGCACAGUCCCCGAGUGAAUGAUGGAGUGGCAAGUGAGAGUGCCAUUCUGUGCACCAGAAGGCAGCAGCGGCAGAUGGCUGUAAAGGAAAAGGUCAACUCAGAGCCUUGUGAGAUGUGUCUUAAUGUGCCAGAAAUCAGGAAGACUGAGCCUAGCCCCAGUGGAGUUUCCUGGGAACGGAGAUGCCCUGUCCACCACUGCCCCAUUGAGGCUUCUCCCAGCUUAGGGAGGUACCAUCAGCCCUCCUCCAGCCAUAGGCAUGCGCCGAUCUCUACCCGGUCCAAUGGCCAGGUGCCAUCUGGCUCCCAGGACUCCUUCCAGCCUCACCUCUAUUAUCACAGCAACCAGCAAGACACGCAAAGCAGCUAUGCCUUGCCCCCUCUGCCAGGACACGGGGAGAGAGCUAAUUUGUGUUCCCAUCACUCCAGUGGGGACUCAUUAUCAACUCCUCGCCACGAGACUGCUGAAAGUCGAUGGAAACAGUGGUCACAUGACCAGCAGCAGCAGCCGCAGCCACUACGGCCCGUGCAACAUCACAUCGUCACGGUCAGACAUGACAAAGUGUUCAGGAUGCCAAAGAGUUUGUCGCAAGUGAUUGCGGAAUGGCCCGUUUCUGUCUCAGUGCUCUGUUCGCUAACAGUGUUGGUCUGCACGCUGGUGGGCCUGUUAGUGGGAAAUCUGCCCGAUUUUUCUGAGCCCUUGAUGGGUUUUGAGCCACGAGACACUGAUAUUGGCAGAAAGCUCACAGUCUGGAAGACGAUGAAAAGCCAGACUGGCUACAAAAAGACUCUUUCUCUUUCACCAUAUACUGACAACAGCUAUUGGGACAUAAGCAUGAACCAAGAGCAGAGAUCUGUUCAAGGAGAUCGAGAAGCGAGAAGGCGGAGGAUGGUAGAGCCAGACUUUGAAAAGGAUGGAUUCUUCUGUGGCCCCCCUGGGGAGAAUUAUUCUCAGCUGGUAUUUAUGUCUGCAACUGCUGGGAGCCUAUGGAACUUGCAAGCAAUACAGUCCAUGUGUCAAAUGGAACAAGACAAGAUCCGCUCUCAUCCACAGUUCAGGAAUCUCUGUCAACGUAACGAAGCCAAUGAAUGCUGCCCAAGUUGGUCACUUGGGAACUACAUUGCUAUCCUGUACAACCGGUCAUCCUGUUUAGAGAUUACCCAAACUGACGUUUCCCACACCCUUUCCCUCCUUCGCUCUUGUGCUCCUGACUACCACAAAGGUGUCCUUGUUCCUCCUUGCAUUGGUCCCAAGACUGAAAGAGACAAACAUGCACAAUGUUCCAAAGUCCCAGAGAAAUGCACACGGUUCCAUGCUGUUUACCAGCUCCUUCAUUUUCUUGUGGACAGAGAUUUUCUCAGCCCACAGACAGUGGGAUACCAAGUGCCAACCCUGAAAUACAGUCUGCUGUUUUUGCCAACCCUGAAGGGAGCAUCCAUGCUGGGCAUCUACCUGAGCAACCUUGAGUCGUGGGACUUGUUUGAUAAUUACACAUCCAUCACGGGGAUGGAUCUGGGCCUUAAGCAGAAACUAUUCCAGCACUACCUUUUGCUGGAUACUGUGUAUCCAGCCAUGGCACUACUGGCCAUAUUUCUAAGCAUAUUUUUUUAUUUACGCUCAAUCUUUAUUACUUUUGUCAUUUUAAUGAUUGUCUUUGGUACCUUGAUGAUUUCCUAUUUCUUGUACAAGGUGGCCUUCCGAUUCUCCUACUUCCCUUUUGUGAACCUAACAGCAGUGGUCAUUCUCAGCAGCAUUUGCGCCAACCAUACCUUUGUCUUUUUUGACCUUUGGAACCUUAGCAAGAGCCAGAAUCCUUCUGCUGGGCUACUGCAGUGGGUAAGACUAACCAUGCAUCAUUUUGGUUAUCUCAUGCUGGUAUCCUGCCUGACAACUGGUGCUGCUUUCUAUGCCAGCUACAUGAGUUACAUAACUGCCACCCGCUGCUUUGCCAUCUACAUGGGCACGUCUGUCUUGGUGAACCUGGUAUUCAUGUUGACAUGGCUUCCUUCCUCUUUUGUGCUGUAUGAACGUUACCUUGCAAGAAACUGCAUUUAUAAACCAGAAGAUUAUUGGAAUAAUACUGGGCACAAGAGAGUCAUUCUCUCCUUCCAUCACAUCCUCAGGAGUAUCCAGAAUACCUGGUGUGAAACCUCCAAGCUAUUAUUUGAGAAAGUUCUUCCUUGUGGGGUUAUCAAGUUUCGUUAUAUCUGGAUCUGCUGGUUUGCCGCCUUGGCUAUAGGGGGUGCCUACAUUUCCUGUCUCAACCCCAGACUGAAACUGCCCACUCUAGAGAUGUCAUCUGUUCAGGUGUUUAGGUUAAGCCAUCCCUUUGAGAGAUAUGAUGCGGAAUAUUGCAAUGAGUUCAUGUUUGAGAGACUGGAACGAGGAGAAGACCUGCACUUGCCUGUCACUCUUGUUUGGGGUAUACUGCCUGUGGACAAUGGUGAUCACUUUAAUCCCAAGAGCAAUGGCACGCUGGUGAGGGAUACUGCCUUUACCAUUGAAAAUCCUAAAGCCCAAAGGUGGCUGUUUGACUUUUGCCAAAAAGUAAAGAAUCAGACUUUUUACCACUCUGAUCUGGAACAAAAAUCCACAGUUUGUUUCAUGGAGGAAUUUCAGCGGUGGAUGGAAAGCAGACAGUGUUCCAAGCAUGAUCAUAGCUUCAAUCUCUGCUGCAAUCACUUCUCUUUCCCCUACGGUAGAGAAGUUUUCCUUCACUGCAUCAAGAUGAUGGUAAUGGAACAAAGCAGAGAUGAGGCUGGAGCUCCUGACCGAGGCCUCAGAUUUGAUGACAAAGGCAACCUAGUGGCUCUGGUACUGCAGUUUCAAACAGUUUACCACUAUAGCUUCAACUACAGCAAGGCCAGACAUUUCUACGAUGAGAUUGGCCUCUGGAUACAAGAGGAAAUGAAGACGGCCCCUUUGGGACUCCAGAAUGGCUGGUUCACCAGUAAACUGGAACUCUAUAAUCUCCAGCAGAGCGUUGAUACAGAAAGUAUGGUAGUGUUGGGUUUGUCACUAGCCAUCUGCUUUGUGGUGCUGUUGCUCACGACUUGGAAUGUUCUCCUUAGCCUGUUCUCCAUGAUUGCUAUUUCAGGCACUGUUCUGGUGACAGUUGGGCUCUUGGUCCUUCUGGAAUGGCAGCUCAAUGCUGUGGAGUCCCUCUUCAUUUCAGCAGCAGUGGGUCUCUCUGUCGACUUCACAGUGAACUACUGUAUAUCCUACCACUUGUGUCCACAUUCCGAUCGCCUGAGCCGUGUAGCUUUUUCCCUGAAGCAGAUGAGCUGUGCCACCAUCAUGGGGACCUCUGCUUUGUUUUCUGCAGGGGUUAUCAUGUUGCCAGCCACUGUGCUGGCAUACAGGAAGCUGGGCAUUUUUAUGAUGAUGAUCAAGUGUGUCAGCUGUGGCUUUGCAAGCUUCUUCUUCCAAUCUCUGUGCUGCUUCUUUGGCCCAGAGAAGAACUGUGGACAGAUUCUUUGGCCUUGUACUCAUGCCUCAAAGGACUAUUCAGAUGGCCCUGGUUCCUCCAGCAGAACAUUUAGUUGUGGGGGAAAUGAGAAGCAGAGCAGAUUACAAAAAGGCCAGGAACCUAAUGCUGCAAAUGAACAGUAUGAGCUCCAGCCUUUGGCCCGGAAGCUUAGUGACAGCUUUGACAACAGCACCUCCACAAGCAAGCUAUCCAAUCGUCCAUCUGUCUUAUCUGAAGAUAUUCAGCUCCAAGACAGCAGGUGUGCUCAAAUGGACAUUCAUCCUUCCUUUGAAAAGGAUAGACAGCAGUUAGAGCAGGCUGGGGGACACCGUGUGGCUCUUUGUCAAUGUCCGGCUUUGCAAACAUCUUCCCCUUACAAACCUGGAAGUAACUCAGGAACAGAAACAGGAAGUCAAGGGGACAGGCUUUGCAGAGAGUGCAGGUGUCAGAAAUAUGGCCCAAAAGCCUGGGAACAUCUUCAGUCAGCCAGCACUAUAGAUGACAGACUACUCAGUAAAUCUCACUGCUCAAGCAACACUGACCCACAAAAAUCAGACUAUACCUCAGAAAACAGUAAUCUACCAGAAGCAGGACUGUAUGAUUUUCACAGAUGCCUUUAUUCCACUGGCAGCUCUUUCAGUGUUCAGAAUGUCUCCAGUGAGACCUCCCUCAGUGACUUUGAACCAAGCAUAAAACUUGUGGAAUCAGCCAGCUCUUGUCCAGAUCAUUUAGAUGCAGUGGAUGCGUGUUGUCAGAGAGGUUUCCUGAAUGGAAAGAGAGACACCUUGAGGCUGGACCUAAGAGCAACUGUUUUUGACCCAUCUGCAUCAGCAUCACAACAGAACAGUGGUUUGAGGAGAACUCGGUUAGGAGGAUUGGCGGGGGCAGAUCCAGUCGUUUUGCCAAAUAGCAAGCCAGAUAUGCCUGAUGUUUGGAUCAAACGGUCUGGCAUGCAAAAUUCUGGAUACUGA